CCGCUCGAAAGCGCCUCAGAAAGCGGCCGGCGGUUCCAGACGGGAGCUUUCUCGCUGUCCAGCCAGGGCGGGUCACGCAGUUGGGAGACAAUGGCCACCUCCCAAAAGGCGUGCAGCGAGCUCGAACGCGCCUUCGUGCCCGCCCUGGCGGCGACGCUGCAGCGCUACCUCGACUCCCUGGUGGCCGUGGUGAGCAGCCCCGCACAGAUGGAGGCCACCCGGCGGAUUGUGCACCAGUUCGAGCACGGCGGCGGCAGCAACACACAGGACGGCAAAGGGAGCCGUGACGCGCUGGGACCGCUGCUCCAGGAAAAGCUCAGGCUCUUCGCCUCAUCACGCGAUAACUGGGUGACCGAGCUGUGGCUGGACGACAUGUACCUGAACAACAGUCAGCCACUUCCUGUAAACUCGUCGCCUUUCUACCUCCUCCCAAAGCAGUGCUUCGCCACUUCCGCGGACCAGGCCAGGUUCGCGGCCCGAUUCAUCGAAUGCGCGGUGCUGUUUAAGAAAAAAAUUGACAGCGGCACCCUGACUCCAGACGUGCAAGGCCGGGGUGGCACUCGGCAACCCCUCUGCAUGCAGACCUACAAGCAUUUCUUCCCGGCCUACAGGAGGCCUGGCCCAACGAAAGACGACCUACUACUCGACACCGCAUCGCAGCACCAGGAUCACGUCAUCGUCGUCUGCCGAGACCAGGUGCCGUCCUCGGUGCACCGCAAACUGGUGUCGACGUACGAGAGCGCGUCCCUACGCAAGUUCUACCUGGGCCGCGUAGACAACAUCCGUGCCGCCACAGCGCAGGCGCUCGCCUGGGUGCAGGCCAUGUGCGACGCCGUGCCAGCCACGGAAGAAGACAAGAUCCAACUCUUCCUGGAGGCAGUGGCCAAAGGGACUGAAAUACUAACAUACACGGUGAACGGCGAAGGACCAGACAACCACUUACUGGGACUACGGGAAAUGGCCAGGCUGCAUGAAACGCCGGCGCCCAUCUUCAACGACAAGUCGUACGCCGACUUCCUCCACUUCAGGCUGUCCACGAGCCAGCUGGCCACGGACAAGGCCAUCCUGGUGGGCUACGGCGCCGUGGUGCCGGACGGCUACGGCUGCGCCUACAACAUCGGCGCCGACCAGGUCUCGUACUGCGUCUCCUCCUUCUUCAGCUCUCCGGAGACGUCGUCCGACUUCUUCGCCCUCAGCCUCGAGGGCAGCUUGCUGCAGAUGCGAGAGCUCUGCCUCAAGCGGGCAACGCAGCUCAACAUGGCGCCGCCUCCGGCGCGCAGUUAGUGCGCGCUGCCCGUGGGCAACGAAUGUCUUAUACCGUUCCGCCUUCUUCUCUGCCCCAGCCCCCGAUGGCACGCAUAACACAUGGUUUGUACUACGAUCCACGUUGGCGAGGUUCGCCAAGGCAUUCGCCCUUUCUUAGAGCGUCCUAUACGACCCCAAUAUACCGUCUGUCGCUCAUACAAUUUAAACCUCGAAAAUCGCUGGAAGUGACGAGUGUUCGCUAAGUUGAGUCAUUUGUCAUUUCGCCCCACCCAUGCAACAUCAAGGGCUCUCGUUUUUUUUUUUUUUUUUAACAAAAGAAGUAUAAAAAAAGUGCGUCCGCUUCGUGCUGUCGUCAGAUGCGACUCUUUCGAGUGAUCUUUUCAUCCGUUACAUAAGCGACAGUAUUAUUCUACAAGGCUGAAAUGAAACGCGAAGUGGUGGUUUGGAACGCAAAUGGCACGUUGUGUGAAAUUAUAUCGAUUCUGGUUACUGCAACUGCGUUCGAAAUGGCCUCUUCACGUCAAAAUCUGAAUCAUGCCAGUUGCUUAUAUAGUAGAUGACCGUAGAAACACGAUGUGACAUGCGUCCUCGUUCAUAUAAACUGCUCGUGUUCAUUUUGGUCCUGUAGCGUAUACGUUGAAGUCGCUCGUUCACAAAAUGGGACCGCAUCCUGGUGCAUGCUAUCUGCCACGCAGCUUGUGGCUAUCCCACUCGCCAUGCGUGUGGGUAGCCUGUAACACCUUUCGCGCCACGCUCUUACACUCGACCAAUCAAGAGUUUAAUUAUGUAGCCUACCCACGAGGGCACUAAGCAGCGGUGCCACUGGCACAGAGAUGCAAAGUGCCCUUUUCAUAAAACGAGGGUUGCGCAUGCAUAUUUCUUGUGACUAGCGAAGUGUGCGUUUCCUUGCGAAGGCAACUUUACGUGAAAAAGGGUUCUAUAGGAGCCACGAAUACACUCACUCCCGCCCUUCACACCGCAAAGCAGGGUUCCUUCUUGCGAAACAAAAAUGAGCUUAACGUUUUGUACUUCAUCAAAUAACGUGAUGAUAACGAAAUCAACACGGAGUGUGCUUUGGCGUGGAAGCAUGCAGCUUGUUUUUAGGCUUCGUACUACGAGAUGAGAAAACUGGACAAGUUGGCACGGAUUUGUGAUGGAACUAUCAGCGUGGUAAAUCUGGGUACGAAGACGGCUGGCACAGCACAACUGCGUCACUCGCCUUCUUCGUCGUCCUUACGGUGCUGCUAGUUCUUUCAUUAUUCCAGGCCAUGUACGGAGGUAUGGGUGGCAAGUUUCGCUUGCUUUAGUGUUUGCAGCUGGUUUGGAUUCUGAGUAUAACUGCGGGAGGGGAAAAUGGAAGAGUUGUUGGUAGUACGUGUAUAGCGACCUCCGAGCCAGUACGAACGCAUACAUACGUCUCGAAACACACAAAAGAGGAAACAGUUUGGUGUACCUGUUCCCAUAGCUUCAAAAGCCCGAGCAAAAGUCACUCGGUUAUGUCGUUCAGCUGCAAAGGCGAAGCCAAACUGGAGAAGCCAGACAGGCCACUGGCGGGAGUUCUUCGCAUGCUUCACUGUUGGAGGAAUCGGCCUCCUUGAUAACGACCUUCCCGCGAGAAUGGAGGCCGCCAUGCAGCUACCUGUAUUCGCUGCUGAGAACAUUUAGCACAACGGCUGCAUUAACAAACCGGCUACUCUCAACUCCUGUGGAGCAAAGCAGAAUACGCGAAACGGUGCUGUGAACAAAAAUAUUGGAGGGCAGUUGCUACUCUCAGAAAGAAAACGAUGGCAGGUAACUGAAGUGUUUAAAAUGCGAGCUCUAAUCACUGCCUGUGAAAGCGCUGCAGGCUUUGUAUCACUCUGGCGGGAACUUGCACACGUCUGGCAUGCGCGUGCAACGUGUGAACAAAAGCAAAAUAAAAGUGUAGAAAAAAAGAGAACAGUACGAGAGAAAUUAAAAUCACUAGCAUAGCAGCAUGUCCUACUCGGAGAGACUAGUACCGCCACCAUACAAGUAGAGUCCAGACCUUAUGACUUCACAGGCAAGCCUUAAUAAGAAGCUGCAGCGACUAGACGAGCCAUUCUCGUAUAGUGAUGGAACAAGCGGUGUCGUUGUUUAUUGUUGAACUAUACGUUACUUUGUUGCUUCUUCCCAAGUGACAGUUUGCGUACUGCUUGUUAUUUGUUUCCCCGUAUCAUACAGGGAGGUUGUGAGAUAGUGUUGUUAAGCGUCCGCCGUGUUUUCCUUGUGACCUAGUGGUUUCCUCGCCACUUCAGCGAAGUGACGUCACCGGUUGAUAUACGCGUCAUUUCUCAAAUUUACUUCGUCCACGACGACAGACUUGUUGGUUUCUGUAUCCUUUGUUUCGAGAUACUUUUACCCCGUUAUAGUUGACAAGUCUUGCAUGCGUGUACCGAAGUGCAUCCACAAGCGUUAAUCCGCCUUGAAUAUCCUUCCUCGGAAGCCGUUCUUUCAGCCACUUAGCUGGGCUGCACAUUUUGAAAACACCCGGCUCCUGAGUAAGCUGACACAGUCUCUAUUUGAAACGUACCUAUAAAUACGAAUCUAGACAGAAUAAAAUCACUCGCAAGCAGUCCAAAGUUUGUUGGAAGCAAACCUCCCUUCUGUGUGAGAGGCGCAGCAAUACCUAGGGCAGUACGCUCCAAAAAAAGGAAAUAUCCGAAGUUUAUACAGCACGCUUAUGUGCUCACAUAUCACAGCCGUCAGGUGUGAAACAGACAAUUACCUAAGACAGCACCAGACGCAUUCUUUUUUCUUAGUUUUUUUUCUCACUUUUUGUGCUACUUGCCCAUUCGUUCGAAGCAUUAAAUUGCAGUUCCUUAUCGCAUAGAGGAACUGUGGCGGUAUUUUAUUUUUCGUAGUCCAAAAGUCUCUGGAGCCAUUUUUUUCUCCUAUAGCAAACUCGUCCUAUAGCAAAAGUGAGACGAUUUUAGCUGAAAAAGAGAUAAUUAACCCCGCAGGCAUUCGCAUUUAUUUAUUUGCUCACUAUCUGGCACCUGUCCAAACUGUCUCAAGUAUCGCCUUGCUGUGUAGCCUCAAGGCAUCACAUGUGAGGACGGUCGUUUCCUUUCAAUUCUUCUGCUUCUUAGUAAUUAAAGCGGCUCGCAAUGGUAUGUUAUUAUUUUCAUAGCUGUUGAAGAGGAAUAGUAAACGAAGCAACGUGUAUAUACUAUAGUGAUACUCUAUGAGCAACGGGGACGGAAUAGCUAUCUAAUCCGCGUCAGAACUCCGAAAAGUAAAUCUAUUCGCCACGUUGUUGUUCUACAUGCAGUGUCAUACAUACCACCUCAUAAACGGCUUCUCCGUAAUGGUCAGAUCUGGUCUGUGUGAAUGCGCCAGAGGCAACGCCGACUGUGCUUUGCCCCACGUACCUCGUAAGCCGUGGGCAACACUGCCGAAAAGAAAAUAACAGAUAGGGCAUUGCUGGACAUCGCGGUCACAUCUCAACCAUAGAAUGAAGCUAUUAAACGAGACUCGUACAACAACACUCAUUGACUAGAAGACAAAACAACCCCUAAAUGGUAAGACAAUCACAAGAUUGUGGCAUUACAGCCAGCUAUCUUAAUUCAUAUUUCAAGAUUCCGUGCGCACCUUCUAUGUCCACGCAGACCUAAAAUUUGUGACGGAGGAGGCGAGAAAAAAAAAAGGGGGGGGGGGGGAAUACUAAUCUGUUGAGGAACUAAAGAAAGGUAUACCAGAUGUGAAAGCAAAGAAAUAACUGAAGCAAGACGAAUACAAUAUAUGCAUGACAAUUCUUCUUUUUUUUAUCUUUUACGCAAAAUCGUUCUUUGUAAUGGCAUACCAGCACGUGUGUGAAUAGACAGUGCACUUGGAGUUCUGAUGUGCUGAAAAUUGUGCGAAGAGCUUUCAUUUCGGAAGCGAGCUGCUCACACGGCAAUCUGGAGUUGCAGAAUUGUGUGGGCUCGAUCGCCAGAUACACGAGUGCACCCACAAGAUGGCUGCCGAUAGCGCUCCUCCUCACACAUAUCAGUGCUCCUCCUUGAUCCACAGCUAGCCUACAAUGCCGCUUACCGCUUAAUAAAGAUUGGCACGUUUAUAUGAGAACAUUCGUCA